GUCCGAUGUCAUCCCUGCCUGCCACGUACAAAUACGUGUACUGUCAAAAAGAAACACGGCCACAAGGAACAACGGCAACUGCACCCCUGGAACCCGUCGAAGGAUGCUCCUGCCGUCAUGCGGACAUUUCAUGCGGUUUCUCGUCAUAUCGGACACCUUCGGCCGACAUCCAUCGGCAGACGCAACUGGUUUUUUUUUAUUCUUCCUUUUUUACACUUUGCGCUAGGAGAACUCCCCCGCUCGCCAAACACACAAGACUGCCAGACAGGAACACGAACAAGUGAUGCCCAUCAAUCAAUCUCGGGCAUUUCACUGUUCGGAACCCGCCCGCCUCACCUCUGGCUCAAGUUCCGCCCCUUGAAUAGAUGCACCUUCGUCUGUCCAAUGUCUCUGCGUCACAUCAGCGCGUGCUGGUUCUCGGACGAUGUCGAGACAUAAAGACAGAUGAAGCAAUCCAUAGGGACCUUUCAGACCGUCAGCCCGGAGUCGCCUCCGGUAUCCCUCCCCCCGUCGACUAGUGGUCCUACUCUACCUAUUGGAUGCAACGUUGACAGCCAAGGAAACAAACAACAACCCAUCGAGUCCAUCCACCGAUACCAACUGAGCUCACCGACUCCUCGGUUCCGUCAG